CGAGACCAGUGACCAGUCAUUUUGCCUUUCUCUCCCUGUAUAUUCCUCCUGUUGAACACAUCAGGCACCAUGGGAGCACAAUUAUUGCGCACAGGCAGAUUGCCCGCAGUCAGGUCACUUGCCUCUUCUGUUUCGCGAGGCUCAAUAGCGCGCCGUCAUCUGGCUACCGCGGCGGAUGCCUCUACCAUGCCCUCUGCCGCCGACCUGGCCAGUCGCACCCCGCCAUACCCAAAGCUGCUGCAAAGACUACACCAAGUCCGCCGUAUCCUGCCCGACCGUCCCCUCACACUCGCCGAGAAGAUCCUCUACUCACAUCUUGAGUCACCCGAGGAGUCCCUCUUGACCGGAACGAACAAUGGCGCCGACAUUCGUGGAAAGGCCAACCUCAAGUUGAAGCCUGACAGAGUUGCCAUGCAAGAUGCCUCCGCCCAGAUGGCCCUGCUGCAGUUCAUGUCUUGCGGUCUCCCUACCACUGCUGUCCCUGCCAGUAUUCACUGCGACCACAUGAUUGUUGGAGAAAGAGGUGCAGAUGUCGACUUGCCCCAAUCUAUCAAGGGAAACAAGGAGGUCUUUGACUUCUUGGAGAGUGCGGCAAAGAAGUACGGUAUCGAGUUCUGGCCUCCUGGUGCUGGUAUCAUUCACCAAAACGUCCUCGAGAACUACUCUGCUCCUGGUCUCAUGAUGCUUGGAACCGACUCGCACACUCCCAAUGCCGGCGGUCUCGGUGCCAUUGCCAUUGGUGUUGGUGGUGCUGACGCUGUCGAUGCUCUGGUUGACGCUCCUUGGGAACUCAAGGCUCCUAAGAUUCUCGGUGUAAACCUUGUUGGCCAGCUCAGCGGCUGGGCCAGUCCUAAGGAUAUCAUCCUCAACCUUGCUGGUCAGCUCACAGUCCGUGGUGGUACUGGAUACAUCGUCGAGUACUUUGGACCUGGUGUUGAGACUCUUGCGACAACUGGCAUGUCUACCGUUUGCAACAUGGGUGCUGAGAUUGGUGCAACCACGUCCAUCUUCCCCUUCACCAAGGCCCACGUUCCUUACCUCCACGCCACUCACCGUGGUCCCAUCGCCAUCGCUGCCGAGACUAUUGCCAGCUCUCCUGGUCCUCACAACCUGCUUCGCGCUGAUUCUGGCGCCCAGUACGAUAAGGUCAUCACCAUUGACCUGAGCACUCUCGAGCCUCACGUCAACGGACCCAUGACUCCCGACCUUUCCACUCCUCUGUCUAUGUUCCGCGAAACUGUCAAGGCCAACAACUGGCCUGAGACCCUCGGUGCUGGUUUGAUCGGCUCCUGCACCAACUCUUCUUACCAAGAUAUGACACGUGCCGAAUCGCUAGUUAAGCAGGCCACAGCUGCCGGUCUUCAGCCCAAGGCCGACUUCUUCAUCACCCCUGGUAGUGAACAGGUUCGCGCAACUCUCGAGCGUGACGAGACCCUCAGCACCUUCAACGACGCUGGUGGUGUCAUUCUUGCCAACGCUUGCGGUCCCUGCAUCGGACAGUGGACCCGUACCGAUGGUGUUGAGAAGGGAACCGAGAACGCUAUCUUCACAUCUUACAACCGUAACUUCCGUGGUCGCAACGAUGGAAACGUCAAGACCAUGAACUUCCUGGCUAGUCCCGAGCUCGUUACUGCCAUGGCAUACAGUGGUAGCACAACCUUCAACCCCAUGACCGACUCGAUCCCUCUCCCCAAUGGCGGCGAAUUCCGCUUCAACCCCCCUCAAGGUCGUGACCUACCCACCACUGGCUUCGCUACAGGCAACCCCGAGUUCCUCCCUACCUCAGGCCAAGCUGAUGCCAGCGUCGAGGUCCAGGUCGACCCCAACUCCACCCGCCUUGCUCUCCUCGAGCCCUUCGCUCCCUUCCCCCAGACAGAGCUCGACGGUCUUCGCGUCCUCGUCAAGGUCAAGGGCCAAUGCACAACCGACACCAUUUCCGCCGCAGGUCCCUGGCUCAAAUACAAGGGUCACUUGCCCAACAUUGCUGAGAACACCCUGAUCGGUGCCAUCAACGCCGAGACCGGCGAGACCAACGUCGUCUACGAUGUCAACGACACAGACUCCCGCGCCAAUGGUAUGGGCAUCCCCGCUCUGGCCAAGAAGUGGAAGGAGCAAGGUAAGGAGUGGCUCGUCGUUGCCGAACACAACUACGGUGAGGGUUCUGCUCGCGAGCACGCCGCUCUGCAACCUCGCUACCUCGGCGGCCGCAUCAUCCUUACCAAGUCAUUUGCCCGUAUCCACGAGACCAACUUGAAGAAGCAAGGUGUUGUGCCAUUGACUUUUGUCAACGAGGCCGAUUACGACAAGAUGGCUGCUUGUGACGAGGUCCGCACCGAGGGUCUUCUUGACGUCCUCAACUCUGGCGGUCAGGGAAACGUUACCCUUGUGGUCAAGACCAAGGCUGGUGAGGAGAUCAGAGUCGCCACCAAGCACACCCUUUCCAAGGACCAAUGUGCCUUUGUUCUCGCUGGCUCCGCAUUGAACCUCCUUGCUGCCAAGGCUGGCAAGGGUCCCGCAUAAGUGUUUUAUUCUUUUCCUCGAAAAGUUUUUCUUUCUCUGGAAAAAAAAGGCACAGAACGGAGUUGUUUUUGAGGCGAGCAUUGGAUUUGUUGUUGUUUUAUACUGCUCUUUCUACCUGUCGAUAUAUAUCCCAUGAAUGUUGAAACGUUUUACAUGUCAUUUCCU